AUGGUAACUGUUGCUGCUACAACCAUGAUGAGUAGUGAAAGUCAAAGUAUAACUGAUACACAUAAAUCAAAACUAUCUACAUUUGCUAAGUUAAGAAAGUCACAAUCUACACCCAAACUACGAGGGGACAAGAGGAAUCCAAGGACCAGUUAUCAUCACCCCAUUACUUCUUACACGACAAUCAAUAGUCCUACUUCAAAUACUCCAACACCCACUUCAUCUACAGUUACCACAGCACCUGUGUCUGUUAUACCGUCAACCAGAGCGACUACACCAUUACCAAAAGGAAAAGUGUCCAGCUCAAAAUCUACAAAAAGUUCUACAGCAGCAGCAACUACAUCUUCAUCUUCACAGGGAUUUCUCAAGAAAAUCUCUCACGAGUGGCAUUCAUUUAUACAUCGAUUAAAGUCAAUAUCAGAGGAUGUGUUUACUGUUGAUAGUUUGAUUGAUGAUUUGUUUGUUGAUGAUGAAUCAGAUGAGCAUAUGUCAUUUGAUAAAUUGGUUAGAGCAUCAAAAGGGUACAAUACAACUGAAGAAAAAUUUUUACAAGAUUAUAAAAAAUACAAGAGCUUGGAUAAGAUGUAUGAUCAUUAUAAUGGUACCCAUAGUAACAAUAGUAACCCCAACCAUAAUAAUGGCGCUAUUGUCUCUCAUAGUCAAGGAUUGAAUAAUCACGACGUCGGUAGUUCAACUACAGUUGUAUCUGAUCAAACUAGUUUCAAUGUGCGCACAACUUUACAAGAUAUUAUACGACAUCAUCAGGCACAGUUUCAAAAUAUAAAUGAAGUUACACUGGAGUGUGAAGAAGAAGAGGAGGAAGAGGAAGAAGAAGCGUUGGAUAGUAUCACAGCAACAGGAUCCUCUUCUGAUACCCAUGAUGCACCACAGUAUAAUGAUAUUGAUUUUACAAUACUACGUAAAGAAUUUGAAAAUAUGCUAGCAUCCACCACCACUAAAGUGCCCUGUGACUCAACAAAACUGAGUCUGCACGCAUUACACCCACUAGCACCACCACCAGCACCAUCAUCAUCAUCAUCAUCAACAUCUAGACCUUCAUCACAACUGUUGAUACUGCCACAACCACAGGACAUAAAUGUUGGUACAAUAUUAUGGAACUAUCGUCGUCGUAAAUGGCUUUAUUGUCCUGACCCCGCAAAAGCAGAUUUACGAGUUAAACAGACAUCAAUAUCGCAUAUCCCUAAGGACUCAUAUUACAAGAUUUAUUCCUCUUUGGUUAAUGAGAAUAGAGUAUUGAAAAAAGAUAAACAUAUAAAUUUACGCGAUUUAAUCAAGGUUGUUCAUGUGGGGUGGAUUGAAGAAAAGAAAUGGGAGCCAUAA